UAAUAUUUGAUAGGCUUAGGCAACGGUGAGCAGCAAAGAAAGAGAAAUGGGGUCAUUCUCCUCCAAAACCAUAAUAAAAUGUGCCCCUCCUAAACCCCAAACAAUAACACAAACAUGUGUUGUGCGGUCCCAAAAUUAAGAUUCCAACACAAUCUACAUCCACACUCAUACCAUCUUAUAUCUCAUUCAUUCAUUCAUUCCAUUUCUCUUCAAUUCACACUCUAAUUACCUACUCCAUGGCAAAUCUCUUACCAUCAUUUUCAUUCUCACUGAUUCCACUUGAUCAUCAUCAUAAUCACGGAACCAAAUGUUCCUUCUUUCACACUCCCUUUAUUCAAAUUAAGCAUCAGCACCAACUUGUUGGUAAAAACUUGCAAGAUCUCAUCAUAAGCCCCUUUUCCCAUAAUCUCACUUCAAAAUUGUGUGCCACGUCAAGAUUGUCUGUGGAAGAAACUGAGCAAAAGUUCAGCACUUUUACACAAUCUGAAGACAUCAAAACAGCAUUGUCUUAUUUGUUUCGGACAGAAAUAGGUGAAGGUUUGGUUAAAGUUUAUGUUAAAAAGAAAAAAGUUACUUAUUUUGUUUAUAUUGAGGUUUCUUCUUUGGAGUUAGUUAGAGCUGAAGGGGAAACAUUGGUGUUGUGUUGGGGUGUGUAUAGAGAUGAUUCCUUAAGUGUGAAUGUUGGAAAAGGGAUGAAUGUGAGUCCCUUUGUGCAAAAUUCUCUUGGAAAGUUUUCAGUUGAAUUGGAAUUUGAUGUUGAACAAGUUCCUUUUUAUUUGUCGUUUUUGUUGAGAUAUUCUGGGUUGGAAAUCAGAACCCAUAUGAAAAGGAAUUUCUGUGUUCCUGUUGGUUUUUAUAAGGGGUGCCCAUCUCUAUUGGGGCUCUCUUUUUCGCCUGACGAGUCAGUUAAUUUUGCUGUAUUUUCAAGGCGUGCCGAGAGUGUGGUAUUGUGUUUAUAUGAUGAUGACAAUGAUAGUGUGGAGAAGCCUGCAUUGGAGCUUGAUCUUGAUCCUUAUGUCAAUAGGUCAGGGGAUAUCUGGCAUAUCUCUUUUGAGAGUGUCGGGAAUUUUGUGAGAUACGGCUAUCGCUUGGGAGGAGCUCACAGGGAUAACAGUUAUGCUGAGUGUGUUGUUUUGGACCCGUAUGCUAGAAUUGUCGGGAAUUCUUUUCCUAAUGGUAUUGGGUCCGUGAAGAACCUUGGAUUUUUGAAAAAGGAUCCUGCUUUUGAUUGGGGGGAUGAUUAUCAUCUGAAUUUGGACAUGGAGAAACUACUGGUGUAUAGGUUGAAUGUGAAGCGCUUUACCGAGCACGAGUCCAGUCAACUUCCCGGUGAUUUAGCUGGGACAUUUUCUGGUUUGGCUAAAAAGGUGCAGCAUUUUAAAGAUCUAGGUAUGAAUGCUGUUCUGUUGGAGCCAGUUUUCACAUUUGACGAGGAAAAGGGACCUUAUUUUCCUUGUAAUUUUUUCUCUCCCAUGAACCUUUAUGGAAAAUCUGGUGAUCCUGUAUCUACAAUAAACUCUAUGAAAGACAUGGUGAAAACUAUGCAUGCCAAUGGGAUAGAAGUUCUCAUGGAAGUUGUUUUUUCCAAUACUGCUGAGACCGGUGCUCUGCAUGGUAUUGAUGAUUUAUCUUACUAUUAUGCAAAUGGCGUUGGUGGUUUGAAGGUACAAAGUGCUUUGAACUGUAACUAUCCUAUAAUGCAAAAUUUGAUUCUGGAUAGCCUUAGGUAUUGGGUAACUGAGUUUCACAUUGAUGGUUUCUCUUUUGUAAAUGCUUCACAUUUGUUGAGGGGGUUUCAUGGAGAAUACUUGUCUCGACCUCCGUUGGUUGAAGCGAUUGCUUUCGAUCCGAUACUGUGGAAAACUAAAAUUAUAGCAGAUUGUUGGGAUCUCAAUGCCAUGGAAGCAAAGGAGAUUCGCUUUCCUCAUUGGAUGAGAUGGGCUGAAAUAAAUACAAAUUUUUGUAACGAUGUGAGGAACUUUCUAAGGGGUGAAAAUCUUCUUAGCAACCUUGCAACAAGACUUUGUGGGAGUGGGGACAUGUAUUCUUGUGGAAGAGGCCCUGCAUUCUCUUUUAAUUACAUUGCAAGGAAUUUCGGACUUUCUCUCGUGGACUUGGUCAGCUUCAGCAGUGCUGAUCUAGACGUGGAGUUGAGUUGGAAUUGCGGAGAAGAAGGACCUACUAAUAACACUGCUGUCCUUGAAAGACGACUCAAACAAAUCCGUAAUUUCCUAUUCAUCUUGUUUGUGUCAUUAGGAGUACCUGUUUUGAACAUGGGAGAUGAGUGUGGUUAUUCUUCUGGUGGUUCUCCUGCAUAUGGUGACACAAAACCCUUCAAUUGGGCUGCUUUGAAAACAGGUUUUGGUAAACAAACCACACAGUUCAUUUCCUUUUUGACUUCAUUGAGAAAGAGGCGGAGCGAUCUUCUUCAGAGUAAGAGCUUCUUAAAAGAAGAAAACAUUGAAUGGCGCGGAGUCGACAAUGCUCCGCCAAGAUGGGAAGACCCAUCCUGCAAGUUCCUGGCCAUGAAUUUGAAGGCUGAAAAAGGGGAGCUUCAAGAGAGCUCUGUGUCCUCUGAUAUAUUAGGGGAUUUAUUUAUUGUUUUCAAUGCAGAUGAUCAUCCAGAAACUGUAGUUUUACCCUUGCUUCCAGAAGGGGUGUCAUGGUACCGCUUAGUUGAUACAGCUCUUCCAUUUCCUGGGUUUUUCUUAACCAAUGGUGAUUUUGUCCCUGAGCAAAUAUCAGGUUUGUGUACUUAUGAAAUGAAGUCUUACAGCUGCACUUUGUUUGAGGCAAACAAUAGUACCAGUUAGAAGAAAUACUUUCCCCAUCCUCUGUAAAUUGUCAUUACUUGAAUUGGCCUCUCAGUUGUAGAUUUAUAUAUCAGUAAUUAUGAUAUAGUAAUAAAAAAAUUGAUGAGAAUAAAUACUGGGAAAUGUUUGCUGGUAUCCUGUGUAAAUAUAUACGCAGUAGUUUCAUCACGAUGGUUUCUCAUGCUCAAUGAUUGAGGAUUCAAUUAUCCUAACCUGCAUGUACUUGUUGGUAUCAUGUAAACAAUUAAUUAUUCCUGGACUCGCCAAGUAAAUGUGACAAGCCUGCCAUCGUCAUUUUUAUGAAGAUUUCUAUAAAGUCGACUUGAGUUGUCUUUAAUGUGAA